AUGUCUAUACAAGAGUACACCAAAUCCAAGUUACCGUGCUCGAUAUUGAAUAUUAAGCCCACAGUUACCACAGACAACAAAGAUGCUCCAUUGCUGGUGUGGGUCCCUGGUAAUCCUGGACUUUUACACUACUAUCAAGAGAUGAUCCAUCAUUUACAUUUGAAGCAUCCUGAGUGGGAGAUUCUUGGUAUAUCUCAUGCUGGUAUGAGUUCGAAUGCGCAUUCAAAUACCCCGAUAUUUUCUUUACAAGAUCAAGUAGAUCAUCAGGUUGAAGUAAUUAAUAAUUUUUCGCACAAGGACAGAAAAAUCAUUAUCAUGGGACAUUCGGUUGGGGGCUACAUCGUUCAAAAAGUUUGUCUCUCUAACGAGUUGGUCGGUUCUGUAACAAAAGUCGGUUUAAUUACUCCAACUGUGAUGGAUAUUCAUGCCUCAGAGAUGGGCGUUAAGAUGACAACGGCAUUACAUUAUGUCCCCGCCUUGGCUCAUGUUUUAUCACUUAUUAGUUAUGUUAUUUUUUAUUGGGUCUUGUCAGAAGGGUUUUCGAAAUUAAUUAUUAACAAAUCAAUGGGUUGUGGGACCACCGAUUCCCGAGCUGUACUGUCCACGAGAUUAUUCUUGACUCACAGGCAGUUCGUCCGUCAAUCGCUCGGACUGGCCUCUCAGGAAAUGAAAGAGAUAACCACUAACUGGGAGUUUCAAGAUAAAUUUAUAAACUACUGCGAAGAGAACGAGAUUUUUACUUGGUUUUUGUUCAGCACUAAAGACCAUUGGGUUACUGAUGAAACUAGAAAACAUCUUUCACAUUACUAUCAUGAUAAAGUCAAGCAAGAAAAGUUAAGGAUUGAUGUCACGGACAAGAUACCUCAUUCUUUCGUGGUGAAACAUGCAGAAUACGCCGUUAAUGCCUUUUUUUAA